GCCUGGGUAACUACCCAAAGUUCAUGACCAGGUAAGGGUUGGAACGCAGCUGGACCGUGAAAGGAGAGCUUUGCCUUUCGCUUCAUCACUAGGGACCUCAUCCCCAACCUGGAGAUGGCACUCACCCUUUUCUGGGCCGGAUGUGUGUGAGUGUGCAUGGUGUGUUGCAUAAAGACAAGAAGUAGUUGCAAACCAAGCAAUCGCAAUUUUUGAAAUUGGUUUUGUUAAUUGUAAUUCUUGAGCAACAAAACACAUCUGGUGGCCAGAUGUGGAAGAUGAACGUUGGGAUUUGUGAUGGCGGCUUCGGGCCAGGUCUUUAAAUGAUGCGGGUGUACCUAAUGUUGUGGCCAAGCUGGAACGUAUCUUCAUUUCCUGUUCACCUGCAAAGCUAUGUGACGGCUUGGGGCAAAUAGCGUUAGCUGACUCGCCAGCACAGUCCGGCUACGGUGAAUAUUAAACAACUAUAAAGGCUACGGGUCGCUAUUUGUAUGCAUAAAAGUGGAUUUUUACCAUCAAAGACAAGACGCUUUCUUGGCUACCCGAACUUGCUAGCUACCGGAGGCUAACGCGUCUUGACAACAACCGACCGGAUGUAGCAACUUACUCUGCGAACCGUCGUCAAAGCGGUCAAAUUCCCAGUCAGGUGCGAUGGUUUCCGCAGCCAUUUCUCGGGUAAAUAGAUGACCUGAUAUUGUUUUAAAACGUAGAGCUGCAGGAACCCAUGAUGGGUCUUGUGAUUUCGAAACGAGGCGCAAGUGCUCCUGGGAAAUGGAGUCCGGAAAUCGAAGAGGCGGGCAAGAUGAUGAACACGAUAGGACCAAUUCGUAAAAAAGUAGCAUGCAACGGUAAAAGUAAUAUAUAAUUACAUACAAAAUACAUACAAAAAAUACCUAAAUGAAACAAAAAUGUUUCGGUUGUCAAAUGAACCGUUGAGAGUUCUCGACUAAUUUGGCCGAAUUUCCAGUUUCUAGUCCGGAUUCUUAGCAGCAGCAUUCUGACCAAAAAAUGCUCUGAAAGUGGGGCUUUGUGGGUCCGUGGAGAGACCCGGUGGGGGUUCUAAGUGGUAUUUUAUGGAUUAGGGAACAACACUAUAGUGUCACUGUUCCACUCAAGUGCCACAAUCUGGCACUGAAUUAGUACUGGCUGUCACGGAGGUGCUAAUUCCUACCUUUAGAGGUGCUCGGAAAUCUGAAACUCUGCUUAGUCUUGAAGAACAUUCAAAUGAAUUAAUUUGAGCCUGGAUACAGUAAAAGGAGGGGGAGCCGACUUUGGUAAAAAAAGUUUAAAAAACAAAACAAAAACAGCAGAAAUGUAAUUUUACAGUAAUAAAGUAAAAAAAGUUGUAAUCUAACAAAAAAAGUUGCAAUAACAUCCUAAUAUUGGUAUAAAAAUGUAAUGUUGUAGAGUUUGUGGCUAGUCCAGCUGCAUAGUGGCCCACGUUCACUCAACAGUCCGGUGGAAAAUUCCCUUGACAGAUGAAAUGCACAAUAUUAUCAUAAUAAUAUCACGAGACAAAAAUGAUCUAGUUUAUUUUGAAAGAAAACAAAAAUGGGAACAUUUUUCAGCUGUAUCACAAAGCUCUUGGAGACAGUUGUUUCCUCAACUGUCUCCAACUGAGACGAGUUGCUCUACAAAGUCUCACAGUGGCCCACUUGUCACCUUUCUUUUUCACUCUGUGGCCCCGGCUGGAGGCGGUGUGGACCCCCGGCUGCUGUAGCUGCUGCGAGUGUGGGUGGGGCGUCGUCACACUGAAGUCAGUGUGGAGUCUCAGCACAUCAUCGGGACAAUGAGGCCACGGGAAGGGGUCGGAGUCGGCAGUGCAGCCUGACAACUGACCGUUUGGUUCCUGUGCUUUUUCAGAUAAGGAUUCCCAAGCUUGGACCAUGAUAUUAGCCGAAUCCAAGGGUGCGCACACCAGGCCUUCAGAGGAGACCGGGCCCAUCCAGAAGCACCACUUCCCAAAGCACCUUAUCCCUAGAUGGAACACGUCACCCCCCAACACAAGUGUCAAUAAUGAACCGUGGGACCACACUGAGACGGACCCCCUGCUCCCUGUCGAGCGCUUCGGUGGGUCCGGACUCCACGGAUGUGAGGAGGCCAAGAUGUCCCAGGGUGCAGGGGUACCCCCAGAGUCGGUCUACUCCAUGCUGCUGCAGAUACUGGUGCCGUUCCUUCUGGCUGGGCUGGGAACAGUCUCCGCCGGAUUGCUGCUGGACGUGGUUCAGAGCUGGGACGCGUUCCAGGAAACCCCCGAGCUCCUCAUCCUGCUUCCUGCUGUGUUGGGCAUGAAGGGCAACCUGGAGAUGACUCUGGCCUCCAGACUGUCGACUGCUGUAAACGCAGGAAGAAUGGAUUUUCCUGGAGACAAAUGGAUGCUGAUCAUUGGAAGCCUGGCACUCAAGCAGAACAAAGUCCCAGUUCUUGGCCAAUCUAUAGAUGCGCUGCCCGUAUCCUGGGGACUCGCAAGGAGAAAAAGCCCCAAAAGGUUUUGGGUGAGGUUCUUGGGUGGGUCUCGUGACACCCCCAUAAAUGCUGUUUGUAUCGAAGCCUUCACUGCAUGUCUUCUCCAACAGCUCCAAGCUACCGUUCUUGGCCUCUUAGCCUCCCUCAUGGCGACCCUGUUGGGCUGGACGGCCGAGGGACGGAUGCCCUUGAAUCACGUCAUCCUCGUGUGUUCGACCAGCGUCUCCACCGCAUUUGUGGCUUCACUGCUGCAAGGCGUCAUAAUGGUGGGGGUGAUUCUUGGUUCCAAGCGGAUGGGCAUCAACCCCGACAACGUGGCCACGCCCAUGGCAGCCAGCUUUGGAGACCUCAUCACUCUUGCCUUACUGGCCUGCUUCAGUCGCUGGUUCUUCUCGCUCAUGGAACUGUACUCCUACGUGUUGUACCUGGUUGAUGUGUUCCUGGUGUGUUUGAUCCCUCUGUGGACCGUGGUCUCAUCCAAACACCCGGCUAGUCGCGUCCUGCUGCGGACUGGUUGGGAGCCCAUCAUAACAGCCAUGUUCAUCAGCAGUAUUGGUGGACUCAUCCUGGAGAAGACGAUGUCAGACCCCAACAUGGCAGGAAUCAUUCUUUACGCCCCCGUCAUCAAUGGCAUCGGAGGAAACCUGGUCUCCAUACAAUCCAGCCGCAUUUCCACACACUUGCAUUUGAGUUUCCCACCCGGGGAGGUUCCUGAAGAUCGUACCAGGUGCUACAACCCUUGCGGGACCUUCUUUGGUUCAGGACCAAAUCACAGAUCUGCUAAGGUUCUUCUCCUUUUGGUAAUACCUGGUCAGUUGCUCUUCCUCUACGCUCUUCAUCUGAUGAAAGGAGCCUACACCAUGCCCAGCCCUCUCUUCACUGUGGCCUUCGUGUCAGCGUCCUUCAUUCAGGUCCUCUCCUUGCUGUGCGUAGCUGACUGUAUGGUCCACUGCCUAUGGGGGAGGGGGAAAGACCCAGACAGCUACUCCAUACCCUACCUCACAGCUCUUGGAGAUCUACUAGGCACCGCUCUCCUCUCCCUGUCCUUCCUCUUGCUCUGGUGCACUGGGGACUCUGGACCAUUAUAAGCUCAGAGGAAUGUAUACGUUGGAAUGUGUGUGUGUGUGUGUGUGUGUGUGUGUGUGUCUGAAUGUGAGCCAGCAACAAAGUCAAGUUAUUGAGUUAUUAAGUUGUCAGGUCACCUGGAGGUAAUACCUUAUAUUGUCCACUAGGUGGCAGCAAAG